UAACACAUAUUGAAUUCUAACUCGUAGUAUACUUUUGAUUUGUACAUUGCCUUUUAUCUUAUUCCAAGAGUUAAAAAAAAGUGAGAAUUGCAGUGAGUUUCUAAUUGUGUUUGAACACAAUACAAGACCUCUAACAAAAUUACGAGCCAUACUGAAUAAUCAGCUGGAUGUAGUUAAUGCAACGAGGUUGCUUCACGCUUCAUCAGUCUUCGCCAAACUGACAUACAUCCAAAGCCCUAUGGUACACAUGUUCAUACGUCAAAAUUACUGUAUGAAUAUAUGACUUCAUAAAUGAUCCAAUUAAUAAUACAGCAAUGGUACUGUCUGCGUUUUUGAGCUUGGUUAAUUAUUUCUCAAUUGAUAUUUUACACGGGGAGAGCGGUGUUGCACGAUGUACAGGAACGGUUAAUACAGCAAGUGGAGCGGAACGUUCUGAAUCACCGCACAAUCAUGAACUCCGGUACCUCAAAACCUUGAAAUCCACCGAAGCUGUGAGUCAAGAGAGCACAUAAAAGCUAGAUAAUUCUUUCUUUUUCUCAUUAACUUCAUAGUCCACUCAUCAGAAUGAAAUUUACUGGUCUCCUCGCUAUCGCCUCAAUCAUCGCUGGUACUACCGCUACCUGGUCGGACGGUAAUGGUGACGUUGACGACAAUUCCUUCACAGUCAUCAUCAAAGACCCAUGGAAGUCAGGCCUUGAUCAUGCCAACACUGCUGCUGUCAGUGUUAACACAAAAGUAGGUAUCUAAUUUGAGAAAAUUUGAUGUAAUAUAUAUCACGAUGCUAUUAGGAACAUACAACUCCAUUUAGCACCCACAACACCUUCACUAUCUACGGUGAUCAUUGUACUCAAUACAUUGGACUUCCAGCUAGAGAUGAUCUUCCAUACCAACCACAAAUUCAUCUUGGGGCUAACUUCUGUAACAGAAAGAACAAGGAUAACCUUUGGAUUAACUAUGCUAACCGUGAGUAUAAAGAAUAUGAAGUAAUUCCAUAACUAAUUAAUGCAGAACACCUUGAUGUAACAAGCGACACGCGCUGUAUCAAACAGUACAACAAAACCGUACGCUGCACCAUCCUCAAGAACCCAUAAUGAUUUUAUACUCAUGUCAAAGAAUCGCGGGAGCGUUGAAUCAAUACCAUCUUUAGUUAUAAAUUACGUGUGAAAUUGAGAUAUAAUAGACGAUAAGUUUUAUAACUCAAUGGGUUGGUAAGUUCUGUGGUACUGUCCUCUUCGUAGUAAACUAAGACAGAUAUGGCAUGGUAAUCUGUUAUGCACAAACCUAUGGAUAUAUUUAAGAACUUCCUAUCAUUUCUAUCCUCUCAAUAUUUUUCAAAAUAGUUUUUAUAUAUAUUGAAUAAUAGAUUGGUAUAAAUGUCAGCGAUUUGUAUAGUCACAUGGCUGUACACAUAAUCGUGGAGCCUGAUUGUAACGCCUGAUUAAUAUCAGCUAACUUAUACGCUUCCGUAGGAAUUAGCCUAUCCGUGAAAGCACCUUUGGAGUUAGCUUGGUCAAUUCGUGAUGACCGCUCAAUUUC